UGGCGGAAACGCGCGGCAAAAACAAACCCCGCUUGUGUAUGGUGUUUUCCCGGUGGGCGCUAAUUAUCGCUGGGUCUGUGUUCGGCGAUUCGCAGCCAUGCCCAUUCGGGCGUACUGUACCAUUUGUUCGGAUUUCUUCGAUAAUACCCGGGAUGUGACGGCCAUUCACUGCGGGCACACCUUCCACCAUGACUGUGUUCAGCAAUGGUUUCGUUCAGCUCCAAGUCGCACCUGCCCUCAAUGUCGAAUCCAGGUCAGCAACAGACAAAUCAUCAACAAACUGUUCUUUGAUAUUGGAGGAGAGGAGGAGACUACGCUUGAUGCAGAAUCUCUGAAGAAUGAAGUGGACAAAAUAAAAGCUAAUCUUCUAACAAAAGAUCGAGAGAAAAGAGAAUCCCAAAAGUUGGUAGACUCUCUGCGGGAGGCACUAGAUGUAAGAAAUGCAACUAUAGAAUCUUUACAAAAAGAUCUUGGCGAGAUGGAGAUGCUGUGUUCUACUCUGAAGAAACAAAUGAAGUUCUUAGAUCAGCAGCAUUCUGAGACCAAAGCAGCCAAGGAAGAAGCUCGCAAACUUAGGAAUAAGCUCAAAAGUAUGGAGAGUAUUGACAUAUUGUUGCAAUCUCAGCGGCAUGAAGUGGAGUUGAUGAUCAAGGAAAUGGGAUCUGGCCCGGCUGCAGUGGAACAACUUGCAAUAUACUGCAUUUCUUUAAAGAAGGAGUAUGAUAAUUUAAAAGAGGCACGUAAGACUACUGCAGAGAUGACAGAGAAGCUGAAAAGGGAAAUAUUUGCCUCCAACAAUAAGGCACAGAAGGCAGAGUAUGAUUUGCAGAGAACACGAGAAGAGCUCAAUACCACCCAGAAGGAUCUUCACAAUGCUGACAAGGAAAUAAUGAGUCUGAAGAAAAAAGUGGAGUUCCUACAGAAAACACUCAGCUCUCCAUCUGCUGCGAAUGAAGCCAUAAGUCGCCUGAUCUUUGAAAGUCCAGCUCCUGUUGGACUUCAACGUCCAAAGCUUCGCCCACCUGCUCUUGGCGAGGAUGUCAACCUUGAUAUUACCUUUGACAUUAAUACUCCUGAACACUGCACUCAGAAAUCUAUGGUUUCAGCUCAUAAGAAGAUGAAACUUGAUAAUUUGUCUUCAACAAACCUGAAAAUGAACACUACACAGGAGUCAAAGAAGCCAGCUGCCUGGAAAGGUGUUCAGAUUAGCACUGAAGAAGAUGGGGAGCUGCCUCUACCAAAUUUCAUCAAGAACUCCCUUCUGAACAGGAAACCUGUUGGGAGUUUGUUGACUGCGCGAGCAAACACAGGAGUGGUGAGGACUGGUUUUGAUGGCUUAGGGGGAAGAACAAAGUUUAUCCAACCUAGUAACUUGGGAGAAAUUCGUCCUUUACCUCUCAAAGCAAAAAGGAAAAAAGUUUCUAGGCCAGUGGCUUCCACUUCUACUUCUAACCAACCCAGGCUGGAAGACUUCCUGAAAUGAAUGUUUUGUUUGAAAACACUCGAGGCGUUGGUGCAAGGUCUAGUUCUAAUAAAUGAGUAUGAAACUUAUCUCUGGGCAAGUUCUGUGAACUGUGCCCUAAAACCAGGUAUAAUUGAAAUUGCCUAAGGCUCAUGUGACACUUACCCAGAUCUGUGGGUGAAUGGAAUGUGCACCAUUUGGACAAUGAAAGGUUAAAGGAAGAAUCGUUGUGCUUCAGACUUUGCUGUGAGCUGACUAAUGAUGAUGAGAUUGUUUCCCCAUAAGUGUACGUUAUUCAAGGAAGAGAACAGAGAAGCUCGGUGUUCAUCAA